CCGUUGGAAUUGCUUUGGCACUCAUUAGAUGAAUGGUUAGUUUUAAUAGCCACAGAGUUAAUGAAAAACAAAAAGGACUCAACGGAUAUCACUUCUAUUUUACUGAAACAAAAAGGCCAGGAUCAGGGUGCCACUUCUAUUUCACCAUUUGACCCUUCGGGACCUGGGAGCUGUGAACACCUGUCCACAGGCACAGGGGAGUCUACGCCAGAUGUGCUUGCAGGGAGUCCGGAAGCUGGUGCAGACUGUCAGGAUGUUGUUGCUAUGACAGCCAACCGACUAAGUGCUGUCAUCCAAGCUUUUUACAUGUGCUGUUCUUGUCAGAUGCCUCCAGGAAUGACUUCUCCUCGAUUCAUUGAAUUUGUCUGCAAACACGAUGAAGUGUUAAAAUGCUUUGUGAAUAGAAAUCCCAAAAUUAUAUUUGAUCAUUUUCACUUUCUUCUUGAGUGUCCUGAGUUGAUGUCAAGAUUCAUGCAUAUCAUAAAAGCACAGCCAUUUAAAGAUCGCUGUGAAUGGUUCUAUGAACAUUUACACUCAGGACAGCCAGAUUCAGACAUGGUACACAGGCCAGUGAAUGAAAACGAUAUUCUCCUGGUUCACAGAGAUUCUAUUUUUAGGAGUAGCUGUGAAAUUGUGUCAAAAGCAAAUUGUGCAAAACUAAAGCAGGGGAUUGCUGUCCGAUUUCAUGGAGAGGAAGGCAUGGGUCAAGGUGUUGUUCGUGAGUGGUUUGAUAUUCUGUCCAAUGAGAUAGUCAAUCCUGAUUAUGCACUAUUUACCCAGUCAGCAGAUGGAACAACUUUUCAGCCCAAUAGCAACUCCUAUGUCAACCCUGAUCACUUGAACUAUUUCCGGUUUGCUGGACAGAUCUUGGGAUUAGCUUUGAAUCACAGGCAAUUGGUCAAUAUUUACUUCACACGAUCAUUCUACAAGCACAUUCUUGGUAUUCCUGUAAAUUACCAAGAUGUAGCAUCUAUUGAUCCAGAAUAUGCCAAAAAUUUGCAAUGGAUUUUAGAUAAUGACAUUAGUGACCUGGGUCUAGAGCUGACUUUCUCUGUUGAGACUGAUGUGUUCGGUGCAAUGGAAGAAGUGCCUUUGAAGCCUGGGGGUGGAAGUACUCUUGUGACACAAAAUAACAAAGCGGAGUAUGUCCAGCUUGUUACUGAACUUCGAAUGACAAGAGCUAUUCAGCCUCAGAUCAAUGCUUUUUUACAAGGUUUUCAUAUGUUCAUCCCACCUUCCCUCAUACAACUGUUUGACGAGUAUGAGUUGGAGCUGCUGCUCUCUGGCAUGCCAGAGAUUGAUGUGAAUGAUUGGAUGAAAAAUACAGAAUACACAAGUGGCUAUGAAAGAGAAGACCCAGUCAUUCAGUGGUUCUGGGAAGUUGUGGAAGACAUCACUCAAGAAGAGCGAGUUCUUCUCUUGCAGUUUGUUACUGGCAGUUCCAGGGUCCCGCAUGGUGGUUUUGCCAAUAUUAUGGGUGGAAGUGGUUUGCAAAACUUCACAAUUGCUGCUGUGCCAUAUACUCCAAAUCUUUUACCAACUUCCAGCACAUGCAUCAAUAUGCUCAAGUUACCUGAAUACCCCAGUAAAGAAAUACUGAAGGACAGACUCCUGGUGGCACUGCAUUGUGGCAGCUAUGGUUACACAAUGGCGUGAUGAAGACAGGAGGGCUCACCUAACUACUGUGCAGAAGCAGAGUGGCAGAAGUCAUUUAGAGGACUGGGCAGAAGCAGCUUCAGUGCAGCCCACAGGCAGAGCUCCUGUUCAAAUCCAUAAAGGACUGGACUUUACACUUUUCAUCUUUCCCUGCUUUGUUUUCUGUUUGUGUUAUAAUUAGAAAAUACAAAAUCAUAGCAGACUUCAUUUUAAAAAAUGCUAAUUGGAAGUAGAGACUUUAAGUUUCUUUAAUCUUACCUGAAACUGUGUUAAGGUAGAAUCUUUUUUUUUACAUUCCCCCUUUGAUGUGAACCAGUCUCAUUUAAAGGGUAUUUUCUGUAUAUUAUAUGAGGGCAUCCAGCUGGUAUGUUCUAUUGCAUGUAAAGUACCAUUUAUAUUUUGGAAAACUAUUGUAUAGAAUGGAUUAAUUUAGAUUGUGUAAAGCCACAAAAAUGUAUUUUCCCACACUAUACCUAUAUUCAAUGGGUUUUAUUUUUUGUUGUUGAUUAGCUUUUUAGUAUUUUGAUAUAUGAUGUUAAAUUUAGACUGGGGUAACUAACAAUGGCUAAAGUGACAUCUAAUUUAUAUAUUAAAGCUUAUACUAUAUGAAUUA